AUGGCGACUACAAUCCAGGAUGCAUCCAUCGGCCCUGCGCCUGCCAAAGAGAUGCCAGCCAACUUGUUCCAGACCGAGCAGACGGGUCAGAUUGGCAGCGGCCAGGCCAUGCCAACCAUCAACCCAUUGCCAAAUCCCCAGACCGUGACUCCGCUGCACUUACUCAACGGAGCGCCGCAGUGGAUCGACUGCCCCUUCUGCCAGCGGAGAACACAGACGAGUGUUGAAAAGAUGGGCACGGGGAUGCAAACACUGGCUGCCGUCUUGUGUUGCAUCUUUUGCAUAUGCCUGACAUGUGUUCCAUGUUUGGCUGCCGCACGACGGCCCAAUGCAGACUUUUGGGCCGCAGUCUAA